UAGGAAACAUGGCGUUCAAUUUUGGCGGCGGCAACGCGAACUCUGCGAGCUCUUCUGGGUUUUCAUUCGGUUCAUUUGGUGCCAAAACGACAGCGUCAACAGGUUUUGGCUUUGGUACCAGUACCAACACUACCGCCUCAUCGGGAUUUGGUAGUCUGACUGCCCCAGCAUUUGGGACCGCUACCACGACACCUGCCUCCACGGGGUUCGGGUUUGGCGCCCCCAAUACAGGUGCGUUUGGGGGUUUCGGCACUACCACUACCUCGGCUGGUGCUGGCUUCACUUUCAGCUUCACCAACCCCUCGAGCACAGGUGGUGGCCUGUUUGGGAACACCCAGAACAAGGGCUUUGGGUUCUCAUCUGGCCUGGGGACAGGCCCCGGCGCAGGGGCAGGCUUUAGCUCAGGCCUGGGCGGCACCAGCCUCGGAUUUGGCGGCUUCAACCUCCAGCCGACGCAGCCACAGCAAGGCGGUUUGUUCGGACAGCAGUCCCAAGCCCCAGCACAGCCGAACCAGCUGAUCAACACGGCCAGUGCCCUGUCUGCCCCCACGCUACUCAACGAUGAGCGCGAUGCCAUCCUGGCUAAGUGGAACCAGCUGCAAGCCUUCUGGGGCACAGGCAAGGGCUAUUUCAACAACAGCAUCCCCCCAGUGGACUUCACUCAGGAGAACCCCUUCUGUCGUUUCAAGGCGGUGGGCUACAGCUGUAUCCCUCGCAGUAAAGAUGAGGAUGGUCUGGUGGCUCUGGCGCUCAGUAAAAAGGAGGCGGACGUUCGUAACCAGCAGCAGCAGCUGGUGGAGUCUCUGCACAAAGUUCUGGGCAGCAACGCCACGCUCACCGUCAACGUGGAGGGCGUCAAAGCUCUGCCCGACGACCAGACGGAGGUUAUCAUCUACGCAGUGGAGCGCUCCCCCAGCGGCAUGUCAAAGCGCGUCCCCGCCUCCACCCUCUUCAACUACAUGGAGCAGGCCAACGUGAAGGUCCAGCUGCAGCAGCUGGCCGUGGUCAUGGCCGUCCCCCGCACGGCGCUCUCCCCGGCUCAGCUCAAACAGCUCCUGCAGAACCCUGCUGCAGGAGUGGAUCCCAUCAUAUGGGAACAGGCUAAAGUGGACAACCCAGACCCUGAGAAGCUAAUUCCAGUGCCAAUGGUUGGUUUUAAGGAAUUACUCCGCAGGUUGAAGAUCCAGGAGCAGAUGACCAAACAGCACCAGACCAGAGUGGAUAUAAUCUCUAACGACAUCAGAGAGCUUCAGAAGAACCAGGGAACAACUGUGGCGAAAAUCGCUCAGUACAAGCGGAAGCUGAUGGACCUGUCUCACCGCGUCUUACAGGUGCUGAUAAGGCAGGAGAUCCAGAGGAAGAGCGGUUAUGCCAUCCAGAUGGAUGAAGAGCACCUCCGUGUGCAGCUGGACACAAUUCAGUCUGAGCUCAACGCACCCACACAGUUUAAGGGUCGACUGAAUGAACUGAUGUCCCAGAUCCGGAUGCAGAACCAUUAUGGCACAGUCCGCUCAGAGGAGAGAUACAUCGUAGACACAGACCUGCUCCGAGAGAUCAAACAGCACCUGAAGCAGCAGCAGGAGGGGCUAAGUCACCUGAUCACUGUGAUCAAAGACGACAUGGAGGACAUCAAGGUUAUUGAGCAGGGCCUGCACGACAGUGUACACGUGAGGUCAGGCAAACUCAGCUGACAUGGGCCACCUCUCCUCCUGUAGCUCACACACACAACCAUGUGUCACUCGGUCCCUCACUAACAAAGAUGCGUUUACAUUCUCACUCGCUCGCCCUCACUUUACUUGGACUCUAGAUGUCACAGUAGAGCAGACUGUUGUCUCCUCUGUCCUGACACCUCAGCAGAGGUCCUGCUUUCACACACAAUAAAAUAAACUCCCUCUAUCAAAGAAUCUGUAUUUCUGCUUUGAUGCAGGAAAAAUGUGUAUUCCAAGUGUUUGGGGGGGGGGGGGGGAUAGAUGCCUGGAACGAUUACUGAUAUAUUUCUCCUUUAUUCAGAUAUUUAGACCCACCAAAUGAGAUUAAAUAUCAAAAUAAUAUGCAGAAUAUUUUCAACACAGCCUAUUUGGACUGUGCUGUUUAGCAGGAGUGCUUGAGUAAUUGAUUGAGAAGUAUUUUAAUUAUAACCUCCAUGUAAAUAAUGGCUUUUAUUGUCAGUAAAGUUUUGGUAAAGCAUAAAAGGAUAUACAGCAUGGACUGUGUGCACUCAAACUCAUUUGAAUAAAGUUUUUUGUGGUUAUGUAAAGGUCUUUUUUUUUUUUUUUUUUUUUUUUUUUGGUCAUAACUGUUUGGUGUAAGAUCACGACUCAACACAAAGAACAUAACGGGUAAUUGAAUAUGUACAACACAUCGUCAGUCCACUGUCUGUCAUCCUAAAUGAUGUUUGUGUCGUCAUAACUUCUCACAGAGUCCCAGCACAAAGAAGUGCUCAUUGUUUUCAUUUCAACAAGCUGCUCUGUGCAUCUUUCUAAAACCAAACUUAAACAAUAUUUGUAAUGUCAUUAAGUGUUGAUAAAUGACACAGUUGUGUGAUUGAUUUUGGAAGACCAAUCAGAGAAGUUCAUUAAAAUGCUUGGGAGGAAAA